UCGUGCAAUUGUAAUCAUGAAUCGUGGUGGAUCAUCGAAAGUCGUGCAACAUAACCCCUCUCCAAUGCUUCAGAGUGACCAGGAUCGCGAUUUUCUACAACGCGAACCUACACUUUAUACUGUCAAGGGUAUGGCUAUCCUUGACAAUGAUGGCAACAGAAUAUUAGCCAAGUAUUAUGACAAGAAUGUAUUUCCCACAUCGAAGGAACAGAAAGCAUUUGAGAAGAAUCUCUUCAACAAAACACACAGGGCAAAUGCAGAGAUUAUUAUGUUGGAUGGUUUAACUUGUGUCUAUAGGAGUAAUGUAGACUUGUUUUUUUAUGUUAUGGGAAGUUCUCAUGAAAAUGAGCUGAUCUUGAUGAGUGUCUUAAACUGUUUGUACGAUUCUGUUAGUCAAAUUUUAAGAAAAAAUGUUGAAAAAAGAGCUGUUCUGGAUAGUCUAGACAUAGUUAUGCUAGCAAUGGAUGAGAUCUGUGAUGGCGGAAUUAUUCUCGAUGCUGAUGCCUCCAGUGUUGUUCAGAGGGUAGCGUUGCGAACAGAUGAUAUUCCUUUGGGCGAGCAAACAGUUGCACAGGUUCUGCAGUCUGCAAAGGAGCAACUGAAAUGGUCGUUAUUAAAAUAAGUUUUAUACACAUAAAUUGUAUUAAUCG